AUGCACUCUGACCUGACCCUAGACAUCCUCAACUGGCAAACAACAGAACUGGGUGAACAUCUUCGUCAGUUUAAGGCAAAGGUGUGCGCUGCAUACAGCACCCAUGAACUUAAUCGUGAAGUCGACAUGAGGUCUCGUUGGCAAGCAAAAGAAGCCUCUAAACACAUGGGGAAAUGUAGAGCGAAUGGCAGUACGGCCGUGGCUCCGGGGCCUAGGGCAGGUGCCAGCCUUAAAGGGAAGCAGAAGGCAAUCCUGGGGCAAUCGCAGGACACACCUUUGUCAAAGCAGCCCAGGAAGAAGAAGUCAUUCAACCUUUGGACCUAUAAGCUUCAUGUGUUGGGGGAUUAUGUAGCCUGCAUCAGUCACUUUGGUACUACGGAUUCCUACAGCAUGGAGCUGGGGGAGUUGGAGCAUCGUAUGCUGAAAGGCAGAUUGCACCGCAUAAAGCAAUGUCAGCGUAAAUGGACUUCUCAUGCAGCUUCUAACGAAACUGGGAGCAAUCCUCAGCUCCACCAUCACAUCGGCCAAAGCGAGAAGGUGUAUGAUGAAAUUGGCCAUUACCUCCGCAGUCAUACGAGAGACCCUGCUAUGAAGAACUUUCUGCGCCGGUUGAAGGAUCAUAUUCUUGAUCACCUUAACCCAUGGUCUUCUGAAUCUUCUUCUGAGAAACCUGCCCAUUCCGAUGCAGCAUGCAGUUCAAUUCUCUUCAAAUGGAACAGAAUAUACCACCACAAUAUCACAAAAUUCAAUUACACCACAUACGAUGUUCGAAGGGCUCAGGAUGUCAUUAUCCUGAGGACUGCUCACUGCAAUAUCAUGCUGCUGCAGUGUGGUUAUAAUGAUGCUCUCAAUGGCAAUUACUAUUAUGCCAAAGUUCUCAGCAUUCAUCAUGUCAACAUGUAUGAAAUCAUACAAAGCCAUUCUUGGGACACUCAUUCUUUGGGUCGGGUUCGUUUUCUACCUCUGGAAAAUCUGAACACAUUCAGUUUUGUGGACCCAGGGAUGUUCUUCGAGCGUGCCACAUUAUUCCAGCCUUCUCUCGACGUCGACAUGAUCAGAGUAACAGUAUUUCCCCUCUUGCUGGAGAUAAACAUGAUUGGCAUGAAUAGUAUGUCAACAGUUUUGUUGAUUGUGAUACCCUCAUGCGGUUCCAUCAUGGCCUUGGUUCGGACAUCCGCCCUGACCAAAGAUGAGCAUGUGGAAAUCAUCACGGAAGUCAAUCAACAUCCAGUCAAUGAAGAGGACAAAGAGGACAAAGACUAUGUUAGUGUGGAGGAGCUGACACUGUUUGAGCAAGGACGAAAUGAAAGCACAGAGUCAGUCAUGGAAGUGCUAGAAGAAAUGUAUGCAGAUCACAUGUUUGAUUAUGAGAACUAA